AUGGACGUUGCUCUCGGUCGAGACAUCCAGCGCGGACCUUCAUAUGGCACCAUCGAUCGAAUGAAUAAUCACGGCGAGGAAGAAGGAGAACGUCUCCUUCAGGAGGGCUACGAAAGCGAAGGAAAUGGCAGCACGAUAACUUCAUCGGAGGAUUCGGUCCAGGAAGGCGUUCGAAAAAUCGAAGCGAUCAAUCUCACAUGGACCGCAAAGUCGCUGGUCGUUGCCUAUAUCAGUAUUUUCCUCAUGGCGUUUUGCACGUCUCUAGAGGGCCAGACAACCAUGUCGCUCUCGGCCUAUGCGACCAGUGCGUUUAGCAAACAUUCGUUGAUUUCAACCGUCCUCGUCGUUCAGAAUGUGGUCAAUGCCGUUAUCAAACCCCCGAUGGCUAAAGUAGCCGAUGUCUUCGGUCGCUUUGAGGCGUUCUGCGUCUGCAUCUUGAUCUACAUUCUAGGAUAUAUUCAAAUGGCCGCUUCGAACAACGUGCAAGCCUAUGCGUCGGCUCAGAUUUUCUACUCGGCCGGGUCGACGGGCUUGCAAAUACUUCAACAGGUCUUCAUUGCAGAUAGCAGUAGCCUGCUCAACAGGGCAUUCUUGGCCCUUCUCCCCGAGUUUCCUUUUCUGAUCACCGUAUGGAUAGGACCAAUGAUCGCCGAUGCGGUUCUCCAAAACCUAUCCUGGCGCUGGGGUUACGGGAUGUGGUCGAUCAUCUUGCCAGCGUCAUUCCUUCCCUUGGCGCUCUCGUUGUUGUUAAACCAACGCAAGGCCAGGAGACUCAAUCUCAUCAAACCCAGAAAGACGCGUCAUCUCGGCUUCCUCGCUGCCGCUCGACGUACCUGGUACGAUCUUGAUAUGUUUGGCCUGAUGCUCUUGUCGGCAGCAGUGACGCUCAUUCUGGUGCCGCUGACGCUGGCUGCCAAUGCCAAAAACGGCUGGAAGAACAACAGUAUCAUGGCGAUGAUAGGGGUCGGGGUAGUCUGUCUUCUGGUGCUGCCGUUGUGGGAAACAUCCAAGAGACUUGCUCCCAAGCCUCUCUUAUCCCUGCAUCUCCUGAAGCAACGCACCGCCCUUGCCGGCUGUGCUCUUGCCUUCUGGUAUUUUAUGGCUUUCUAUUUCUCGGUUCAACCGUAUCUUUACUCCUAUCUUCAAGUGGUCCAGGGAUACGAGGUUUCUACGGCCGGCCGCGUUACCCAGACAUUUGCAUUCACCUCAACGAUCGCUGCCUUCGGCGUGUCGAUACUCAUUAAAUUUACGCGGCGAUAUCGCGUAUACGUGGUCAUCGGAUGCGUGAUCUACAUCUCUGGUAUUGUGCUGAUGAUGCUGUACCGCAAGGAGGGCAGCUCGCUCGCUCAGAUCCUGGGGACCCAAAUCGUAAUCGGCAUAGGGGGCGGAAUGCUCAACGUCCCCGUCCAGUUGGGUGUUCAGGCGUCGGCGAGCCAUCAAGAAGUUGCCGCCGCCACGGCCAUGUUCCUGACGUGUAUGGAGCUUGGCGGAGCGGUUGGUGCGGCUAUCUCCGGAGCUGUUUGGACCCAUAACCUACCCCGGAAGCUGCAGAUGUACCUGCCGGAGGAGAACCAGGGAGACGCAAAAGCGAUUUUUGGGAAGUUGACCAAGGCGCUAGAAUACCCGAUGGGAUCGCCUGCUCGGGUUGGCAUCAACCGGGCCUACCAGGAAACCAUGAACAAAUUGUUGGUGCUGGCUUUUGUGGUGACCAUCCCGCUGAUCCCGUUGAGCCUGAUGAUGGAGAAUUACAAUCUCGAUAAGAUGAGCUCGUCCGAUCAUGAACCGGUCCCUCUGGACGACGAGGCCGAACCCGAACCUGAAGGACACGUGAAACGAACGUGA